GGAGUAACCACUGAGUCGGUGCCCGACCUCGCGGGAUAGAGCGGCCGGAAGUGGCCCUCUCCAGCUGUGCAGUUACCCGCUGAGGGAGCUGGAGGCUGGUCGGUUGGGGUUUUCCUGGCUGCGUCGUUACGGCAGCUGGUCCGAGUGAGGGGCUUCAGGGUUCUGGUCAAGCACGAUGGCGUCUCGGGCAGGCCCGCGAGCGGCCGGCACCGACGGCAGCGACUUUCAGCACCGGGAGCGCGUCGCCAUGCACUACCAAAUGAGUGUGACCCUCAAGUAUGAAAUCAAGAAGCUGAUCUACGUGCACCUGGUCAUAUGGCUGCUGCUGGUUGCCAAAAUGAGCAUAGGACACCUGAGGCUCUUGUCGCAUGAUCAGAAGUCCAUGGGAAGCCCUAGACUGGCAGCCUCACUCCUGGAUAUCCUCCUGCUGCUCUCAGGCCUCUCUGCCUCUGCUGAUAUUGGCUGUGGCUACCUGCCGCGCAGGAUCACCCGCUGUCUACUGGCUUCUUACGUGGAUAAGAGUUUUGCUGGCCUUCAGUGGGGCUGGUUCCACCUCCUGGUGCAGAAAUCCGAAAAAUCUUACAAGUUCAAGUUCUGUCAGAGCCACAAGAUGCCAGCAUCUUCUCAGCUGCUAGGUAGCCAUUCCCUGUCUGAGAAGGGCCAUCACAUUUCCAUGCCCGGCCCAGACAUCGCACACAAGGGUCUACGCUACAGAAGGACCCAACCUCCAGAUCCAGGAGCAGUGAGCUCACAAAGGCUUGCAGGACCUGAGUUCACCUUUGAGUUGCUGCCUGAGGCCCAGGUUAUUCGGGUGACCAUUCCUCCAGGUCCAGAGGUCAGUGUGCGUCUUUGUCAUCAGUGGGCACUCGAGUGUGAAGAGCUGAGGAGUCCCUUUGACACCCAGAAAACUGUGGCUGGGGGCCACACUUCAGACCUGCCUUAUGAAUUCUUUCUGCCCUGUCUGUGCAUAGAGGCAUCCUACCUGCAAGAGGACGCUGUGAGACGCAAAAAUUGUCCCUUCCAGAGCUGGCCUAAAGCCUAUGCCUCAGACCUCUGGAAGUCAGCGCACUUCACCGACUACAGCCAGCACAGUCAGAUGGUCAUGGCCCUGACACUCCGCUGCCCACUGAAGCUGGAGGCCUCCCUCUGCCAGAGGCAAGACCAGCACAGCCCCUGUGAAGACCUCCCCAAUGCCAUGGCCCAAGAGUCAGAAGGAUGGUAUGUUUUAGAGAAGGUGGACUUGCACCCCCAGCUUUGCUUCAAGUUCUAUUCAGAAAACAGCAGUCAUGUUGAAUGUCCCCACCAGAGUGGGUCUCUCAUGUCCUGGAAUGUGAGCAUGGCCACUCAUGCUCAGCAGCUGAUCCUUCACUUUUCCUCGAGGAUGCAUGCCACCUUCAGUGCUGCGUGGAGCCACCCAGGCUUGGGGCUAGACACAUCCGUGUCACCGGUGUAUAGCAUCAGCCAGACCCAGGGCUCAGGCCCAGUGACGGUGGACCUCAUCAUUCCCUUCCCGAGGACAGGGGGCUGUGUCUUGGUGUGGAGGUCUGACGUCCAGUUUGCCAGGAAGCGCCUCUUGUGUCCGGAUGCCUCUCACAGGCACCUAGGGCUCUUGACCCUGGUGCUGCUGGGCCUCUCCAUACUCCUGGGUGUUGUUGUGGUCCUCACCUGCCGGCGCCUGCUGUCAAGCCCAGACAGAGCGAGGCCCGUGCUGCUCCUGCACGCCGCAGACUCAGAAGCACAGCGGCGCCUGGUAGGAGCGCUGGCUGAACUGCUGCGGACCGCGCUGGGUGGCGGUCGGGACGUGAUUGUGGACCUUUGGGAGGGGACGCAUGUGGCGCGCAUGGGCCCACUGCCCUGGCUCUGGGCAGCGCGGGCGCGCAUGGCCCGGGAGCGCGGCACCGUGCUGCUGCUGUGGAGCGGCGUGGACCACAGCCAGGUCAGCGACCCAGACCCCCGCUCCACGCCACUAAGCGCCUUCCUCUGCGCCGCCCCGCGCCCGCUGCUGCUGCUGGCUUACUUUAGUCGCCUCUGUGCCAAGGGCGACAUCCCCCGGCCUCUGCGCGCCCUGCCGCGCUACCGUCUGCUUCGUGACUGGCCGCGCCUGCUGCGGGCGCUGGGCGCGCGACCUUCCCCCCAGGCCGCCCUCUGGGGCCACCUCUGGGCUCCGCGGCAUUUGCGGAGCCGCCUGGAACUGUGCCGCCGGCUGGAACUCGAGGCCGCCCAACUCGCCCACCGACGCCAGGCAGAGCUCCACUGCGGUCCCAGAUGUCUGCGACCACCGCCAGGCGCUGGCUGGAGCCCCGCCAUGGGCCCUCUAGCCUGAAUUCCCAGACGCGCCUCUGAGAACUGCUGGCUGAAAAGCCUUCUUGUCUGCUUCCCGGUCCUGGAGGCCCAGCCCAAGCCUUGGUGUACAGUUUCCUCAUACUUGCCUGCCUGCAAGAAUCCCAGUUCUCAGAGAGACAGAGAGACAGACACAGAGAGCUGUCUCCCUACUUCCUCUCUUCACAGCUCCUGAAGGAGAGCAGCUUGCAUCGCUCUAGUCUAGAGGCAGGGCAGGGUUGGGAAGGCAGCAGCUAGGUCAGUCCCGAAAGAGGCUGGGUACGGGUGCGGGGUUGGGGGGAAAACCUCUUUGGAGGCCAGGGUUCUGCCUUUCCAGACCCAGGUCCUGCCCAUAAAGAGAAAGAGGAAGGUUGACUCGAGAUUGGCCCCUGGUGGCCCAGACAAAGGGGGCCACACGGGGUGGGUGGGGGUAUACAGAUCCAGAAAGACCAAUAAAGGCAAGCAUGGUGGAUAAA